AUGGCGGACUUCAUGCAGCAGCAAAGAGCUCGUAAAAGAUGGAACAUUUUGGCGUCAGUUAUUAAGAAAGAAACAAUCGAAACAGAGCAGAAUAAAAUAUCAGUGAGAAGAUUUUCGGGAUUCAAUUUGUUUGUUAAGAAAUCCAUUCAAAGUGAAGCUGGUUGUGAAUGGGUGGACUAUCAUCUUCAGAAUCAAGUUCUGGAAAAUGUCAGUUUGUGCGAACAAAAACCUUUGUUUAUAAAGCAGCGAGUUAGACAAGUUGUCCUUGAAGAUUUAACCGGAUUUGAUAACACUGGCAACGUGUGCUUGUGGCCAUCCGAAGAAGUUUUGGCGUAUUACCUGUUAAAACACAAAGAUCAACUCCACAAGAAAGCAGUGUGUGAACUUGGAGCAGGAAUGACUGGUUUAGCCGGAUUUUGUUUGGCUGCCUUCGCAAAUCCUUCCAAAGUAUUACUAACAGACGGGAACGAAGACUGCGUUGAGAAUAUGAAAGCUAUUAUUGAGCGUAAUAAGUCCUGUUUUGAUUUAACUGUGGUAUCACCCCAAGUUUUGGUUUGGGACACAGAGGCCAACCUCUCUGAUUUAAGAUCACAAUUUGAUUUCAUUAUCAGUGGUGAUUGCUUGUUCUUCACUAAUUGUCACUCUGGUUUGCUUCACGUGAUAGGAACUCUUCUUAAAGAGGAUGGUUCUGCGAUAUUGAUGGCGCCACGUAGAAAAGACACACUUGAUUUAUUUUGCAACAGGGCAAAUGCUCAGUUUAAUGUGGACAAGAUUGAAAAUUAUGAUCCUCUGGUGUGGACAAGACAUCAGGUGGCAAAGAAUGAAGACCCUCUGUAUGAUGAGGACAUUCACUAUCCAGUGUUAUUGUUGCUUAGAAAGAAAAUGGGAAAAAACAUGUCUCAAGUGCUGUAGGUGUAAGGAGGAGAAUA